AUGGUUAAUAUUGAAUCUACAUUACCUAAUUAUGAACAAGCAAUGAAAACAAUACAAUGUUAUAGUUUACAUUAUAAUUACACUUAUAUAUUAUUAAAUGAAGAUAGAUUUCCAGAAUUUGGCAUUAAUUGUAAGCAAAAAGAUUUUAUGUUUAGAAGGCAUUGUUUAUUAUCUAAUUUUGCUCAACAUUUUGAAAAAGAAAUAAAAUAUAUUAUAUUUAUUGAUGGUGAUAUGGGUGUUGUUAAUCCAUUACAUAGAUUAGAAGAAUAUCUACCUAAAAAUGAAGAAGAAGUAAUUUUUUAUGAUAGAACAUUUAACUACGAAAUAAUGGCAGGAAGUUAUAUAAUAAAAAAUAAUUUUUAUUCAAGAAAUUUUAUAAAUUAUUUUGCUGAUUAUGAAUUUAAAGUACCUGAAGGAAAUGAUGGUACAGAUAAUGUUGCACUUCAACCUGUUUUUCUUGAUUUAAUUGGUGCUACAAAAUAUGUUAGAAAAUAUCAAAGAUGUUUAGAAAUAUAUAAUAAAGCUGUUGGAUUUGAUCAAAACAUGAUACUAGUAUCAUGUAUUAGACAUAUUUUAAAUUUAAUUGAUGAAACACCUACUGAUCCUGAUUAUCAUACAUAUGACAAUGGAAAAAUUAAAAUUAUACGAAAAUUAUCUUUAAAAAGAUGGGCACGAGAUACAUGGUUAAAUAAUUGGCUAUUUUGUGAUAAUGAUUUUUUUCAUCAUGGAUGGAAAACUGAAGAAAUUGUUAAACAUAGUAAUAUAUUUCUAACAAAAUUUAAUUCAACCAAAGAAUUUUGCAAAAGUUCUAAUUUUUUACAAGCAUGGGACUAUAAUAUGUCUUCAAAAGUUAGUUGUGAAGAGGUAAAUGCUAAGAUCAAACUAUAUGUAGAAAGUGCACACAAUUCACAUUUAAAUAAUCUUAAUUCAAGUAGGGUGCUAGAAAUAAGUUAA